AUGGCGGACGAUCAGAACAAUAUUCGGGAUGCUGAGCUCGCGAAUGACAGCGAGACUCCUCACUUCGACGCGCUGUUCGCCCAAUACGCCACUAGCAACGGCACUUUUGGCACGGAACAUCUUGGUCACUUGUUACUUGAAAUGGGCUUCAACGCCGCCCCGAAGGUCUUGGAUCGUGCACUAGACGACAUGGAUCCCAAUGCUACUGGCGAGAUCUCGAAGUUGACAUUCCUCGAAUGGUUCGAGGAGAAUGCAGACGACAUUGACGACGCCCCUGCCGCUUCAGCACACUCGUCCCUUGCCGUGUCUUGUCGUAGUCAACAACAGGAUGAAGCUUACUCGGAGCUACAAAGCGCCAUGUUGGAUGCUAAGAAACAGCGCAAACAAGCUGAGAAUGACGCGCAGCUCCUCGCCAACCGCCUCGCUCACCUCAGAGCGGAAGACGUUCGAGCCCAGAAGCGGAUCGAAGAAGCUAAACGACGCGCUCGAGAGAUCGAAGCUGUCAAGAAGCGCAACGAAGACAAGCUACGCGCGAAACAAGAGGCUCUGGAGCAGAUGCAACGUGACAUCAAGGCUCAACGCGAGUACAAUACCGCAGUGCAGUCCUCGGCACGUGAACGUCGCAACCAAGUCAUUGCGGGGUACACCUCGCAACGUGCUCAGCUCGUACAGGACGCACGAGCGGAGAGGAAGACCAACUUGCACCACAUUAGGCAACAACGGGAGAUGGAUCGGUCGUGGCUGGCGGAGCGUUCGCAGGAGAUCCGAGACAAGGAGAGACGCGUCAUUCGUCAGCGUCAGGCGGUGCAGAAGAGCUACGAGAAGGAGCUGGUCAACAAAGCUCGAGACAAUUUGGCGCAGGAGCACGAGAAGCGAUUGCUGUCCGAGAAGAAGAUUUACAGUAUGGAGGCGGAGGAGGCGGAGCUGAUUGCGAAGCUACGAGUGACGCAGGAGAUGCAACGUGCAGCUUACGAAGAGCUUGAAUUUGUCAUGCAGGACGACGGCAGAGCGCUGUAA